CACCGCUCGGCCCCGGAGCUCUGCAGUGCGGCCCGGGCUCACCGGGCGCAUUGAGCACUUCUGGGCCUCCCUUUGUGCCGGGUGCAGCCGACGGGAAGGGAAAGGUCCGGAGCUGCUGCCCCGGCCGCCCGCCCGCGCCCGGAGAGCAGAGAUAGGCGACGGAGGCCCUUUUUUUCCAGUCCCUUGAUUUGCGUAAUGGUGGCGUCUCUUUUAUCGGAACGGGGAGAUUUGUUGGGAUCCGUGAGGCUGUGCGUUAUUUUUAACCUAUGUUCUUGUAAAGGAUUGUUACGAGCAUGAGGGCAUAGGGGACUGAGAGGUUUCAUUUCCUACACUAUUUGAGAACUUGGGAUUGGUAGUCGGGUCUCAUUGCCAGAGAGCCAGUCAGCGUCUCUGGCUACCUUCGUAACUCGUCUUGUUUUUACGAAGUUAAUGGCCAAGUGAAAUAUAUCUUCCAAGAUGCCUUGAAAAUUAGCUACCAGAAAAUCCUAGUAUCGCAAACUUCAAAAUCUUGCUAGAAGCCAGAAUUGACACACUUGAAAGCAGCUGGGAACUCUGGAUUCCUUUUCUGCUCUCUUGAAAUGCUCUUCAGUGUGCCUUUUUAUUCAUUAGGAAAACAUUUAUUUUGCUGUGAAUGCCGAGGUUAGGAGGCAUUAGUGUGAUGUUUUUUCCUUUGUGUUUUCCCAAGAUGCAGAUGCUCAAGGCAUGCCUACUUUUUGUUCCAAAAGAUUUUGGACUAGGGACGUUUUGUCUCCCUCGUACUACCAAAAGCAGUCUUUAGCUCUGGUCUAUGCUUGCUUUAUAUAAGGGGCAGACUUUGUAUUGUUUUUCCACAGUUUUGCAACCUUUCUGUUACAUACAGAGUCAAUGUUAAGUCAUGUGUAUGAAAUGUUGUCUUCUGAGCACCACAUAAGUUGUUGCUGACAGCAGGAAGGUAAGAUCACAGGCAGAAGCUGGGUAACCAGCAGCGUUAUUGCCUCAGUUCAAGCUCAGUCACUUGGACUCAGAGAGGCAGCUGCUCUCAGUUCAGUGUAAUAGUGUAGUUCCAUCUCUGUUCUGAGUAGCCUUAAAUCAGUAUCCGGUGUAAACCUGGGGGUAACCUGGUUGAGCUAGCAUUUGGGGUUGGAGGAGUGUAAGCUGUUGGUUUGGGUUUAUGUAAUUUAUAUUUCCCAUUCAAACCAAACAGGCAAUCAGAGUAAUGUAAGGGUUUUGUCAGUUCCAUCUGCAAUGUCCACUUGAUAUCAUAAUCUUGCUUCCUCUCACAAACUUAUGCAUAACACUAUUGUUCACAUUUUAGGGCUGGUUGGCUGCAUCCCGGAUGUGGGAGAAUUUGUGGGGGAAUUGAAGAGCCAUCAAAACAAUUGAUACACUUAGUGGUUGCUUUAUGAGAGGGGUCAGGUAGUGGAAGGUCACUGAAAGUACACUGAAAGUUUGCGAUGUUUUCUUUGGUGUCUGAAGAUGUUAGAAGAAAAAGGAAAGGCAAAAAAAGUUUGAUGUAUGUCUUUAUAAUUAUCCCUGAGUAAACAAAAAAGCAAGUACUAUUGUUGCACACUGCCUGGAAAAGAGUUUUUUCUUAAAAUACAGAAGUAAACUGAUGUGAUUUAUGUAGACAAAAACCCACAUACUAAUUGUUAUUGUCUGCUUCUCUUUCAGAUUGAAGCAAGUGAAUUCUGAUAUAAAUCAACUUCAAUAGAGGGCUUUUUUUAAAAAAAAGUUGUUCCACAGUGCAUCAGAGCAAGUUACUGCUUUACUUUUGAGUGACUUACAGGUGCUUGCCUGCAUUGCAAUAAAGGACUCAUAUAUUGAGCAAGACUUAUUUAUCUCUUCAUUUUGGAGAGUCUAAUAAACUGUUAUUACAGUUUCUGUACUGACUUUCAAAGUUUUGAAGUCUAAAAAGACAUCUUUAAAGAUAAAAGCAUGAGCACGGCCAGAACAGAGAACCCUGUUAUAAUGGGUCUAUCCAGUCAGAAUGGGCAGUUGAGAGGCCCUGUAAAACCCAGCGGGGGCCCAGGAGGUGGAGGCACACAAACUCAGCAACAGAUGAACCAGCUGAAAAAUGCCAACACAAUCAAUAAUGGCACUCAACAGCAAGCACAGAGUAUGACCACCACUAUUAAACCUGGUGAUGACUGGAAGAAGACUUUAAAACUCCCUCCAAAGGAUUUGAGAAUCAAAACUUCGGACGUGACCUCCACAAAAGGAAAUGAGUUUGAAGAUUACUGUUUGAAACGGGAGUUGCUGAUGGGAAUUUUUGAAAUGGGCUGGGAAAAACCAUCUCCUAUUCAGGAGGAGAGCAUCCCCAUUGCUUUAUCUGGUAGGGAUAUCUUGGCAAGAGCAAAAAAUGGAACAGGCAAGAGUGGAGCCUACCUCAUUCCUUUACUUGAACGGCUAGACUUAAAGAAGGACAAUAUACAAGCAAUGGUGAUUGUUCCCACCCGUGAGCUAGCCCUGCAGGUCAGUCAAAUCUGUAUCCAAGUCAGCAAACACAUGGGAGGUGCCAAAGUGAUGGCAACAACCGGAGGAACCAAUUUGCGAGAUGACAUUAUGAGACUUGAUGAUACAGUGCAUGUGGUGAUAGCUACCCCUGGGAGAAUUCUUGAUCUCAUCAAGAAAGGAGUAGCAAAAGUUGAGCAUGUCCAGAUGAUAGUAUUGGAUGAGGCAAAUAAGUUGCUGUCUCAAGAUUUUGUUCAAAUAAUGGAAGACAUUAUUCUCACGCUACCUAAAAACAGACAGAUUUUGCUCUACUCAGCCACUUUUCCUUUGAGUGUGCAGAAGUUCAUGAAUUCCCAUUUACAGAAACCCUACGAAAUUAAUCUGAUGGAGGAGCUGACCUUGAAGGGAGUUACUCAGUACUAUGCCUAUGUCACUGAGCGUCAGAAAGUGCACUGCCUCAAUACACUCUUUUCCAGGCUCCAGAUUAACCAGUCGAUCAUUUUCUGCAACUCCUCUCAACGGGUUGAAUUGCUAGCCAAAAAGAUCUCCCAGCUGGGCUAUUCCUGCUUCUAUAUCCAUGCUAAAAUGAGGCAGGAGCACCGCAAUCGUGUAUUCCAUGACUUCCGAAAUGGCUUGUGCCGCAAUCUCGUUUGCACUGAUCUGUUUACCCGAGGUAUUGAUAUCCAGGCUGUGAAUGUGGUGAUAAACUUUGAUUUCCCAAAGCUGGCAGAAACUUAUCUCCAUCGCAUUGGCAGAUCAGGUCGCUUUGGUCAUCUUGGCCUGGCCAUCAACUUGAUCACCUAUGAUGAUCGAUUCAACCUGAAAAGUAUUGAGGAGCAGUUGGGAACUGAAAUUAAACCCAUACCAAGCAACAUUGACAAGAGCUUGUAUGUGGCAGAAUACCACAGUGAACCUGUAGAAGAUGAGAAACAGUAAACGUGUAGGCUUUGAUUACACAUGCCAGAAGGUGAAGCCCUAUGAUCCAGAUCUGUGACACAUCGUUUCUUUGGGGAUACCCUUCUCUUUGUGGGUUUUUCUUCAUCUUUUCAUUUUGGAACUAUGAAGACUAAAGAGCUCGGCCUUUUUUUCUCUUUAAAUUUGGAAGCAAGGAAGAAAGAAGAUAAAAGGAGAAAUGUCUUUUUGUUUUUCCACUUGUUUGCACUGUGUGCUGAUUGAACAUUAGUUGCACUAACUGCUGGUUUUAAAUUUUGUUCUUUGGGCGGGAGGGACAGCAAGGGAAGAAGAGAAACCCUGGAAAGAGAAGAAUCUUGAUGAACACGAGCUUGUCUGCUAUUUCAAAUUCUUUAACCAUUGACUGAGUGCAUUUCAACUUCUCCCUGGUUACUCAUCUGUUUUUUAAGCUGAAGAGCUUGUUACUUAUUCGUGCAAAGUGCCUUAUGCUAUGAGACCAUUCAGAAUAUCACCUUUCUGACACAGCCCACGGAAUCAACAUCUGUUUUUGGUUUCAGGUCAAAGUUCCCCUCUCUUCCCCUUCUCCUCCUUCCCAUGUACUCAAGCCUAGGGCUGGGAGGUGAAAUGUGUUGGUUAUUGAUAAUACUACUUUUUUCUUCAACUUACCUUUUUUUUUUUUUUUACGUAGUUUUAAUUUUUUUUUAUUGGAGGAGUUGAUAUGCAUCUGCAGUUCACCCAAACUGUAAAUAUCUGUAUUUAAAAUGAAAACAACAUAAAAUCUGGGCUGAUUAGGUGCAGCAUCAUAGCUCCAGAAGGAAAGAGUAGCCUGUGAUCCUUUGCAGGAGCCAUAAGAAAAGCCCUGUGCUCUAGCAGAACACUAAAGACUGGUUUCCAUAAGUCUUCAUUAGUAGUUACAGCACUUGAUAGGUAGACUUGUUUCAGAGCCAUGGCCCUCUUUCUUCUGGUGCAGUGUGUCCCAUAGAAAAUCAGAUGUGUAUAUUGUACAAACUUUGUAAAUAUGUUUGUUUUCUUUUUGGGUUCAUAUAUAACUUUUUUGUUUAUGAUGAAGGUUGCUGAGGUUAAAGGGAUUAGACUGAUUAUGGGAGCAGCUAAAGAUGAGAGGGGCUCAGUUUCCUGCAACACUUAAACAAUGAGAAGUGCUCUGACCUCUGAACUGCAGGCCACUACAGGUGUCCCUUGUCAGGGUGGAUUUGCUCUGGUGGGAGCAACAGUCCUGUACUGCUCGUAUGGAAGAGAUCACUUGUGGGGCUCCAAGGCCUCCAAAUCCACAGCUCAGCUUUUUGGGAGAUGCUCUUUGAUUUUCCCCUUAGAAACUUGAGGAACUUGACAAGCUCUGAAGGAGUCCAUGACCUGUGUUCCACCGUGGUGUGAGGGAAAUCCAGUGGGUGUCGCUGAGCAGUAUAUACGUAAGGUGUGGAUUUGGGUUUGAGAGACCAUAAAAAAAAAAAUUUACGUACAUCAGUUGACAGUUCUGGAGCUUUGUGGAAUUGAUUAACUUCUUGUAGCACUGUUUUCUGCCUGGAGUGGCCUCUGUGCAGAACUGUGGGCAGGUGAGGGCAAACACCUAUUAACAUCAGAAGCUGCAGGAAGCUGCUUGCCAUCUACUCUGGUUUGCCAUGAGUUGCUAUUUGCAUUUUGCAUUGUAUAUGGCUGAAAAGUGCUUUCUGGUCAAGUAGUGUUGCUUUAAAUUGUGCCCCUCCCAACAUGCUUGAUGUUUGGCCUGAUCUACAGGCAAAAGGAGUGAGACAAAUCAAAAAAUUACUUUUUUAAAAUCCCUUUGAGCCUGUUAACCACCACUGUCAGGAGGCACCUGGGUGAAUGCAGUCCCUUUUGCUCAGUCAUUUAUUGCAUAUACAGAUGCUGCACUCACACCAUGCUUGCUUACCUUUGAGGCAGAAUUUAAUUGUCUUAAUUUCUCCCCAUUUUAACCCUUUUUUUGAAUUGGAGUAAAAUAGUUUGGAAUCACAAGGUGGACUAGCCAUCCCUUUCCUUGAUGAUCAUAAAUAGAAGCUAGGUGCCUCCUGACAACAACUUUACAAGAUUGAAAGGUUUUUGUGUUCGGGAUAUUUUUCUUCUUUUUGUCAGCAGUGACUCCAUAAUUGUAGCAAAUGCUGCACUAGAGUACAAACUCAAGAGCUUGGUCUCUGUGAGCCACAUAGCUUACAUCUGACUGGCAGGUACUAAAUGUAAACAAUUUUGGGGUGC